AUGAGUUUUCCUGGGAUGCCAAGUGGCGCCGGUGGCGGAGUUGGAGGUGCCACCGCUGGUAUGAGUGACCAAGAAGCAACGAUGGUCAAAGCUAUGCAAGGAGCCAUGGAAAGCUGUCCUUUUAAAACCGUUAUUUCGGGGGGAAUGGGCUUUGCUCUUGGAGGAGCUUUCGGCUUGUUUAUGGCGAGCAUGAGCUACGAUACCCCCUUGAGUGCCUCUGGCCAACAGCUUACCGACCUGCCGUUGCGGGAACAACUGCGAAGGGGCUUCAGAGACAUGGGUUCGCGGUCGUUCGGUUCUGCGAAAAACUUUGGCUUGGUGGGCGCCAUAUUCGCUGGGACCGAGUGCUGCAUUGAAGGCUACCGGGCGAAGAAUGACCUUACAAACAGCAUAACUGCAGGAUGUAUCACGGGAGGUGUUCUCGGUGCAAAAGCGGGCCCCCAGGCCGCUGCUAUAGGCUAUUCCGUUGAAGAGCCACUCAAUAGAGAACCGCCCGUGCACGACUUGGUGUCGAGUUUCUUUACAAUCGCAGGUAACUACGAUAGGAACCACGGGCCAAUCCCCCAUAUAGCUGCUGAGGACCAUAUUGUUAAAGUCAACGGCCUUGUUCAUCGACCUCUCGAGCUCUCGAUUGAGCAGCUGAGGAGUCGGUACACGCAGCAUGAGAUCAUUAGCGCUCUUCAGUGCGCUGGUAAUCGACGCCAUACCAUGCGCACACUCCUCAAAGAGGUUGAUGGGAUCGAUUGGGGUGAUGGAGCCGUCAUGAACUGCAAGUGGAGGGGACCCAAGCUCAAAGAUAUUCUAGAUACCGCAGGAAUCAAUGUUCGGGAUCGCAAAGGGGCCCAUGUUGCAUUUGCUUGCUACAAAACUCACGUUCAAAAUUCGGAAUGGUACGGAGGAUCAAUAGAGUUGGACAGGGCGUUGAGAGACAAUGCAGAUGUCUUGAUUGCACUUGAGAUGAACGGCGAGCCGCUCUCUAUCAACCACGGCUUCCCCGCCAGAAUGAUCGUGCCUGGAGUGUCAGGAUGUCGCUCUGUUAAGUGGGUAGAUGAGAUCACUGUGCAAUCGGAAGAGUCAAGGAAUCUCUAUCAGCGCUAUGACUACAAGAGACUACCACCCGAAGCCAUGGACACGGAAAGCGCGAAGCAGUAUUGGAACCAAACCUCAGCCCUUCAGGAUAUGCCAAUCAAUUCAGUCAUCGCAGAACCCCAAAGUGGGGACACGGUCAGGCUGCCACCUUCAGGAAGAAUCGAGGUUGAGGGCUAUGCACUUCCCCAGGGUGACCAGGGACCGGUGGUGAAAGUGGAAUGCUCGACAGAUGAAGGGCAGACAUGGGAGGCGGCUGAGAUAUUGAGUGGCAAUGAUCUUAAGGCGAAAUGGUGUUGGGCAUUGUGGAAGGCUACAGUUCGGCUUCACAAAGGGAAGAAGCGACGAUUAUUGUCUCGAGCCACUGACAACGGAGGAAACGUACAAACCGGUGAACCGGUAAGAUCGAAUUUCCAUCUCCACCUACUUGAGACUACUGGCACAUCUGACAACUCUCAGGUGUGGAAUUUGAGAGGGGUAGGCUAUGACGGGUAUGGGGAGUCGAGAGAUCUUAUUGUGGUCUGA